AUGACUUCAUUCUUACCUGUGAAUAAUACUUCGACCCCGAAGGAUCUGGCCAUGGAGGAUGUCAAAACACCAACUGCUCCUCGACCCGGCUCCGACUCAACGGACGCCGAAGCGACUGGUUCAAACGGCCCAUUGCAGGACUCGCAGCCGCCCGAAUCAUCACAAAGAGCCCCGUCGACCACAUCCACCGGCGACGAGACCACUAUAGCCGAAGACGAAGCAGAUCGCGACCAUUCCGAUAACGAACAUGGCGAGGACUCCGCCCCGCCUUCGAAGAAGAAGAAGGGUCAGCGUUUUUUCUGUACCGAUUUCCCCCCAUGCCAGUUAAGCUUCACCCGCAGUGAACAUCUGGCCCGUCAUAUUCGCAAACACACGGGCGAGCGGCCGUUUCAGUGCCACUGCUCGCGCCGCUUUUCACGACUCGACAACUUGCGCCAGCAUGCUCAAACCGUUCAUGUGAAUGAAGAGAUUCCCGGUGACUCUCUCGCCGCCACUGGAACACGCUUCCAACGUCAAAUCCGGACGGAUAGAGUACGUCCGCAAGGCCGCGCAAGAGCUGGCACCACCGGAAGUCAAGGAGGUCACACCAGAGGACACAGCCGGAACUUGUCGACUUCGAGCAUUACUUCAACCACCUCGACCUUGAGCCAGACCCCCGAGAUCAGGCGACGGCCUCCUCCAUUGAUCAUGGCUGGUGAUGGUGCUGCUCGCGCUCAUGCCUCCUUGGGCAUGAUAGGAGAGCCGAGUACUCCUCCGAGCCAGGUUCGGGCUGCGCCCGCUCAAUCACCAGGCUAUCCCACCUUCUCGGCUGGCGGCGGAAGCCCUCAUUUCGCCUCGCCAAUUUCUGGUGGACCGCAGGCGGGCUUCUGGGAUGGUAAAGGGCACGUUCGUCGACUGUCCGUUCCUUCCGGGACAAAUCCUUUUACUGCUCAUGGAUCAACGUAUCCUCCUCCUUACAUCACAUCAGUACCUCAAUCGCAUGCAACUUACACCCCUAGUACAUCUGUAUAUGGCAGCCCGACGACGUCGAGUUAUGCUCCAUCCCGGGAUGAAGCGGUCAGUGCGACUGAAGCUGACCUGCGCCGGCGCACAUGGCAUCCCUCUACUUACUAUCCGCGUCCGGCCACCAGUGGCCUAGCGACCUUCGACUCGUCAAAUACGUUGCGGCCGGCAUUCGGGGCGAGCAACGCCGAUAACCAGACCACCCGUCUUCCCGGAAUUGAAAGUUUUGACAAAGUCGUCCAAGGACGUCCUCUCACUCCUCCCCUUCGUAAGCCGAGCCCGAUGCAAGUCGAUACUCCUAAUCGGGGUCCUCCUUCUAGUCAAGCAUUUACCCCUGGCUUCGCAGCGCAGCCACCUGCGAGCCGACCACAGCCUCCUAUCACGGGCCCUGGCCACCGUCGGGGUCAGAUCUCGUGGGAUCUACAUUACAAUUUGACCGGUCUGAACCUUGGUAGUGCCCCUGGAGCGAAAGAGGCCACUACUCCCUGGGGUCAGCAGACACUAGGCGAGAUCCAUAGCAUUGCUUCUCGGCCGUCGAGUAGUGGUCAUCCUCCGUCCAGUUACGGGGCAAGCGCACACGAACCAUCUACUCCGCAGAACACCAAGCGGUAUGGCAUGCAAGUUCCUUUCGGUACUCCGGGCUCACAUCUCACACGCACGUCCCCAGAGGAUUCUAGUAGUAGCGAAGGCGUCGCGACUCCUUCCACUAUCUCUAUGGACUACCAGCCGGCCAUCGUGCAUAGCAAUGGGCAAGUCGAACAGCCUCAUGUACCUAAUCUACCUAAUCUGCACGAGGGGUCUGUCCAUAAUGAAUUCGCUGGUCCUGAACGUCGCCUUGACCACCCCUCGGGUCCGUCGAACGGUAUGGGACGGUUAGAAGCUCUCGUUGCGGUUGCAACCAGCGAGGGCAAAACCGCGACACGACUAUUUUAG